AUGCAAGACUUCUGGCUAUUCGGCUACGGGAGUCUAAUUUGGAAACCUCCACCACACUUUGAUCAGCGCAUUCCGGGCUACAUCGAAGGCUAUGUCCGGCGGUUCUGGCAGCAAGUCUAUUUCAGUGAGGACCAUCGCGGUACACCGAACGCUCCAGGAAGAGUGGUCACGUUGAUUGAAAGGUCAUUCUGGGCAACACUUGACGAUCCCCAACGCCGCACGGAACGAGAUGUUGUUUGGGGUGUCGCCUAUCAUAUCAUACCAUCCAAGGUCGAAGAAGUCAAAGAGUACCUGGACAUUCGCGAGAUAAAUGGGUACAGCAUCCAACAUACGCCUUUCCACCCAGCAGACUCGUCGCUUGCAAGUAUCCACUGUCUUGUCUAUAUUGGUAUGCCUGAUAAUCCCCAGUUUUUGGGUGUCCAACCACCGCAGGACAUCGCCAACACGAUCAACGCCAGCGUCGGCCCGAGUGGGGAGAACAGAGAAUACCUUCUCCAUCUUGAACGAGCCCUGGAAGAACUGUGCCCGGACAGUCAUGAUGAACAUAUCACGGAUCUUGCUCGAAGAGUACGAGCACUUACGCCGCCUCUGAGGGAAAUCCGUCGACCACCUGUACACGACAAUGCUCUGCGCAAGGUGAGGAGCACCGAAGAACAAGAGGAAAUUGAGAAAGAAGGUUGA